AUGAAGCGAGCCUCUUCACCCUCCGACGAUGACAAACUUAGCGAGCCAGGCGCAAAGAAAGUCUCAACGGAUUCCACAACUCCUUCGGAAACCGAUGAUUCCUUUGUAAUGCCCGAAGAGGCGGACAACUGGGUCACCUGGGCGUCAAUGCGUGCUAUGUUUCCACCGGACACCUUGUUACCUUCAGACUUCAAAAGAGAACUGAACAUCAAGUGGGGUUAUCAACAGAGAACACAAACAGCGAGAAGAUCCGCCGAUGGCCUAGUGGUGGCUAUCAAGGGCUACGAACCGCCAUAUGACAAUGAACUGCGCCCUACCUUUGCCCCUUCGAAGGGUCACCAAAUCGCCUUUUUCUCAGAGUUUGAACACCCUGGCAUACCCAGUUAUCUUGGCCAUUUCCUAGAUGACUGGCAAAUCAACCUCGUGUUCGCCUACGAUCAGGAUGCCCCGGCUCUCGAACACCUCGUCGGGGAAAGGAAUCUCUCAGAAGCCGAGGUGUCACAUUAUGUCAUCCAACUCGCGGAAGUUUUGAACCACUUCCAUACCAACGGUGCGGUCCUGCGUGCAAUGGAUAGCUCUAGCGUCAAGUGCUAUCCCGCUCCGGAAAUGCUAGCAGGUGGUAAAUACAGUACAUCUGUGGACUGGUGGAAUCUCGGCUUCAUGAUGUAUUACUUGUGUACAUAUCGCCAGCCUUUCCAAGAUUGUAAGUUUGUCCUUUGUAAAGUUAUGAAAAGCACAAUACCCAAAUAA